AUGGAAACUGAAGGUCUGGAAAAUGCUAUGACUUCUGUAGCAGAAAAAAAAAAGAUCAAAGGAGAUGCAUUCUUAUCUAUAGUCAGGAAAGAUGGAGAUUUAAAAUUAUUGGAAUUAAACUCUAUUAAAAAGUUGUACUGCCCGAAAUGCAAGAGAACCAAUGAUUACGUCGGUAACUUGUGCGCCUGUUCCACGUGCAAGACAUCAUACCUGUACCAAUGUAGUCGCUGUCAGAAAAACUUUGUCACAUCGGUGUCACUGCAUCGCCACGUGCGUCGAACUCACGCAGAGCCUAAAUUCAACUGCGAAAAUUGUGGCAGGGGCUUUGCUUGCCUAGGUGACAUGAACGUACACAAGAAAAUUUGCGGCCAGAAGCUCAAGUACGAGUGCUCGAUCUGUGAGUUCAAGACGCGCUACAAAAACAGCUUGGGAUCCCAUAUGUACAAGCUGCACAACGACAACAGGAAGGCAUUCCGGUGUGACGUUUGCGGCGUUGUUUAUAAGACGAAUAGAGCAAUCAAGAGACACCUGAAGAUCGGCUGUAGCACGAUUGAAUAGGUCCAAGAAGGUUUUGUUUAUCACAAGAAGAUUAUAU